AUGCAUUCUAGGCCGGCAUCUCUGCGUGGCCGCGAAGAGAGCGAGGGAAAAGAGGACGGGGUUGUUGUGAGUGAGGUUGGAUGGGUCGCCUUUGCCCGUCGAAACCGAGAGCGUUCCAAUCUGCUGUGGCAAACCCGAGAGGGAAAGCGGCGAGAGUGGCGGGCUAAACAAGAGAGCCAGGCUUUGGUCGAUAUCGAAGACGACCAGCAGCAGAACGAGAAUGCGCGCGUUUCGGUUUCUACGGAACAACAGGCAAUCCACUGGAUGACUGGACUGGCUGAACGACAGCAGCGAGGGCGAAGGAAGCGAGGCAAGGGGAAGAGCAACUGCUUUUUGCCCGCGGUGCGGUCGAGAUGA